AUGCAUUUUCAAAAGUCAAUCCCUAGGCUACCAAUUCCGGAAUUGCCUAAAACAGGAGAAAGGUAUUUGAAUGCCUUAAGACCGUUACUAAGCUCCGCUCAAUAUGCUGACGCUGAGAAACGAACUAAUAAAUUUAUUCAGAACGAAGGUAAAGAAUUACAGGCUAAAUUAAUACAAAAGGAUAAGGCAAACAAACAUACAAGUUACAUAUCAGACUAUUGGUUUGAUCUAUACUUACGGGAUCGUCAACCUUUGCCCAUCAAUUAUAAUCCAUUGUUGGUAUUUCAAAAUGAUACAAGGCCUGAAUAUAGAAAUCAACUCAUCCGGGCAACAAAUAUAUUGGUAACAGCUUCUAGAUUUAUGCUUUCUAUGCGUCAGUCAAUACUUGAACCUGAAAUAUUUCACAUGCAACCUCAGAAGAGUGAUACUCAACUAUUCAGAACUGUAACUGGUCUUUUACCAGAGAGCUUAUCAUGGUAUGGUGCGUACUUGUUUAAAGCAUUCCCGUUAGAUAUGAGUCAAUUUUCAGGCUUAUUUAACGCUACAAGAAUACCUCAGAUUGACAAGGACAUGAUUUUCAGAGACCCUGCAAGCAAACAUGUUGUUGUGCAAAAGAAUGGACAUUUUUAUGUGUUUGAUGUAUUAGAUUCUAAUGGAAAUCUACUUAGCCCUGAGGAAAUACUUGGAAACAUGGCAAAAAUAGUCAAUGACACAACACAAAGAAAUGAUUAUCCUUUAGGUAUUUUAACUUGUCAGAAUAGAAAUGAUUGGGCCCAACAAAGAAGGCAUUUAGAAGAAACAGGUAAUGCAGAUGCAUUAAAAAAGAUUGAUUCUGCAAUAUUUAAUCUUGUCUUGGAUGAUGAAUCAAUUCAAGACGAUAAGCAUAAAAUCCUCAAGCUUUUUCUACAUGGAGAUGGAAAUAAUAGGUGGUUUGACAAAUCAUUUAGUGUUAUAGUGACGAAAGAUGGGGUCUCUGGAAUUAACUUUGAGCAUUCAUGGGGAGAUGGUGUAGCUGUAUUACGAUUCUUUAAAGACACAUAUGCUGAGAUUACAAACAGACCAUUUAUACAUCCAGAGAGUAAACCUUCUGAGAACAAUAUUAGUGUUAAGAAAUUAGAAUUCAACUUAGAUGAUGAAACUAAAGAAUGUAUUAAAAAUGCACAGAUUGAUUAUAAUGAAUGGUGUGAUACUUUGAGUAUUGAUUACAUACUUUAUGAAGGACUUAACAAACAGGCUUGUAAGAAGUAUAAUGUCAGCGCGGACUGCAUUAUGCAGAUAUCAUUUCAGGCUGCUUAUCAUCUUUUAUAUGGAAAAUUUGUGGGGACAUAUGAAUCCUGCAGUACUUCAGCUUUCAAACACGGUAGAACAGAGACGAUGCGACCUUGCACAGACAAAACUAAAGCAUUCUGUAAUCAACUUCAUUCUAACAAAUCAUCAAAAGACAGCCUUCGACAACUGAUGGCAGAAUGCUCUUCAUAUCACAGCGAGUUAGUAAAAGAAGCAGCAAUGGGCCAGGGUUUUGACCGACACCUUUUUGCUCUCAUGAAGAUUGCCCAAGACAAUAAAUUACAAAGGCCAGAAAUGUUUGACUCAUAUGAAUACAAUUUCUUGAAUAAGUCAAUUUUGAGUACAAGUACUUUAUCUUCUCCAUUUGUGCUCGCGGGAGGGUUUGGACCUGUAGCACGAGACGGUUUCGGAAUCGGAUACUCCGCUUUCGCUGAUAAAUUGGGAGCAGCUGUAACGAGCUAUAAGGAACACAAUGACAGCAAGCAGUUUAUUGAAGCAUUGCAUAAAUCCUUCAUUGAUAUAACAGGGAUUUUAAGUGUUUAA